CACGAGCACAGAGCGAUUCGCGCGAUACAUACAUCUAACGGAGUUGUAUGUGUAAGUAGCUAGCAAUCGGGAGUAAGAGGGACUGAGUGUGAAUCUUACAGUGAUCGGUGGAAGUGCGGUUCUAACCGAGAUGUCUGCGAUUGUGUGAAUCGAAGAGAGGAUGGCUCGUUUUGGGGAAGGAGUGGGCAGCCUAUCUGUCGAUGCCGGCUCGGAGCAGGGAAGGAGCAGGCACCAGGUGCCAGUGACGGGGGAGACGGCGGCGGCGGCGGCAGCGGCUGCAGCAGCGGGUGCAGCUGCAGCGGUGGCGGCAGCAGCAGCAGCGCAGGGCCCGGCCGGAUUCAAACAGACCCGAGCACAGCGAGCACGCACCAUGGCUCUCUACAACCCCAUCCCCGUGCGGCACAACUGCCUGACGGCCAACCGCUCGCUCUUCCUGUUCGGAGAGGACAACAUCAUCAGGAAGUCGGCCAGAAGGGUCAUUGAGUGGCCAUAUCCUUCCACUAGUGAUGGUUUUAGCUGUCUCUAUUCCGUUCACCUCCCUCUGCGGUAA